AAAGACUGAAGACAAAGUGAAGUUUUCACAGUUCCUGGACGAGGUGACUUCCAACGUGCUUGACCCAAACAGCUUGCACUCCUUUGGGAAAGCAGCUCAUCCCUCCAGCUCAAGUGCAGGUCAACCUGAAGACGAGUUCCAGACUCAGAGGAACCCCCGUCCGCCACGCUCAAUGGCCCAGCAGCAAGACUCCGCACUGGAACAGAAAACCUCGGAAGACCAGCCCCUAGCUGACCUUCCUCCGAAGACCUAUCUGGAGACAGACAUAGACAUUGUGAGAAGGGAUGACCAGGCGGCCGAUAUGGACAACAAGUCUGACCCGGCACCGCUCUUACUGAUAGAUGACCAAAAUGUGAUUCCGCCUCCUCCGAAUUUCUGCCAAGGAUUUGAAAUGAACCAUUUUCUGGCAUUGAAUUACAGCUCCAGGUACCCCCACAGAUCUACUUCUCUGCCCAGAGGCAUCAACAUGGUGUGUGAUGAUGACAUUGGCCACAUAGACACCAUCAGCUCCUUGCUGGAGCAGAAAGAAGACUUGAGGAAGCGCCUUUCCUACACCACGCACAAGCUGGAGUUGCUGCAGAGUGAGUUUGACUCCACGCGUCAGUACCUGGAGACAGAGCUGCGGCGUGCACAGGAGGAACUGGACAAGUUCACUGAUAAACUGCGCAGGAUCCAAAGCAGCUAUUCAGCACUGCAGAGGAUCAACCAGGAUCUGGAGGAGAAGAUUCACAGAGAUUCGCAGCACCAUGACGACGAGAAGCGAGCUCUGAGCCGAGAGAUCAUCGUUCUCAACAACCACCUGAUGGAGGCCAAGCUCACCAUCGGGAAGCUACAAGAGGACAAUGAGAUCUACAGGAAGGAUUGCAACCUGGCUGCUCAGCUUCUCCAGUGCAACAAGUCUCUUUAUAGAGCCCAGCUUUCUGAGCUUCCUGCUGACUUUCAGGAGCGGCUGACCAUGCACAUGGAAGAGUCACCUCUCUGCCGCACCUACUCGGACUCUGUCCCCGCCUCCCUCAUGGGGAAGGUGAUGGAGAAGCCUGAUGAGGCGUGCAGCAGCAGCCAAGCCUCACGCUCCCCCAGUCCUCAAACCCCAGACCACGCUUUCAUUUUAGAGAGCCUGGGCCAAGGAGCGCACCUGGGUCUGAGAGCGUCCUACAAAUCCGACCUUUACAGUAGCGACACCGCCCUUUACUGCCCCGAUGAGCGGCACCGGGAGCGGAGGCCCAGCAUGGACCUUCAUGGUCAGAGGAAGCUCCUCUAUGGACCGCAGAAUUCUACUGACAGCAACCCAGAGGAGGGCUCAGUCGGGUUACGGCCUGGCUUCGCACAGGAGCACUUUGCUAAGUUCUCCACCAUGGGCACGGGAUCCAGCUCCUACUCCAGCUUCAGUGGAGGAGGCUCUGAAGAUAAAGCCAACGGCCCACCAAGCAGCGCUGCUUCCUCCCCACGCCAUCACACCCUCUACAUGGACUGGAGAGAUGCGGGGGACUAUGAGAGGAAGAGCGACUCAUCCUGGGAGAGAGAUAGUCCAAGAGCUUUCGCCAACAGUCAUCCCUUCCAGCAGACGGAGCUGAGCCACCAGCAGAACAGCAGCUCGCCCGUGUACAGCCGCACCAUGUCAUCCUGUUUCAGUGAACCCUACGAGCCUCUGCCGCCAUCUUCCUCCCCGAGCGUCGCCUACGGAGACAGCCGUCGAGGCAGCACUCUCGCCCCCGAGGAAGAGGAGCUCAUUGGCAGAUGGAGGCAGCUCAGCGCGGAGGACUUGAGUUCUCAUUCCUACCGCAGUCCGGGCCGGGCUUCUCCUUACAGCUUCUCAGAGCAGCACUUCUCCGUGAGGCCGGCCAAGAUCCGCCUGGGACCGCUCUACAGCAGCUUCCAGGAAGGGGCCGAUUACUACCAUCACGGGGUGGGCGCCAUGCAGGAGCAAGCGUGGGCGGCUGCCAGCUCCAGCCCGGAAUGCAGCCCGGGGCUCCGCCAGGCUCACAGCCAAGCCCACUUGUAUGCAGCUGAGGACAGCCAAGGCUCGGAGCACAGCCUCUACCACUCGGGAAGCUCCAAAGACAGAGAGGGCAACGUUGCAUCAGGAGGUCAAAGCGUGGAUUAUGGCGACCCGAGCCCCAACAGCUCCACGGAAUCCCUCAACCACCGUUCCCUGGAGAUGGCCGCAGACCUUCAGCACUACCAAGAAGUGAGCUCGUCACCGCCGCCGGCCCCGCCCCCUCCGCCGCCUUACCACCAGAAAUUCGGCUCUCUGGGACUUUCUCGGAAAGACAGCCUGACCAAGGCCCAACUAUAUGGAACACUCCUCAACUGAAGGAGCUCGCAAAUAACGGGAACAGAAGCCAAGUGGAUGCAUCGUCAACAUGUGACUGUAAAGUAAGAGGCCUGUAUACAUUUGUACCAACGUGUAUGUAUUUCAUAGUAUAUAUACUUCUACCUGGAAAAUGAUAUAUUUUGUAUGUAGCCAUUCAAAUGAAACAUCUUAGUAAACCCGGAACUUGUACGUACGUUCAAAACUGCCGACGUUCGACACACCUUAACCUGAUGCCUGUACAAACUUCCUCACGCAGUUGAUUGGUAUUGACAGUAUUGGUUGGUGUUUUCUAUUGUUAUUAAUGGGACGUUUUGACACGUGAACAUCACUUUAUAGGAAUUCUUCUCUUCUAUUUCACACAUUUUCCUGCAACCCCCCCACCCCCCACCCACCCCCUUUCUACCUCACAAUGCUUUCUUUAAAACAAUGCAUGUUGAUAUAUUUUAUGUUGUUUUACUCACUCAAUAAAGCACAAACCACACAGGAGGCCUGUUUUGUUUUAGUUUUUUUUCCCCUGAAUAUUAUCCAAGAUGAUCCAAACUCCCCGCUGUAGCCAUGUGUUGUGAGUCACAAGCGAGUCCCACUGCUGACAAUUACAAGAAGUAGGUUAGUAGAGAAGAUGGGUUUUGGCCAAAAAUCAGCAGCCAAGCCAUCCAAGAAAUGUAUUAUGAACUGUAAAUAUCAACUGAAGGCAUUCUGUUACUGUGAAAAACCGUGUUCUUCCUGCACAAAGCAAGAUCCAUAAAAGCAUGCCGGGAUGAGUUAGGUGUGGAAGAACUAGGCCAGAGCUAUUGAACUGGUGGAUCAGGGGGCCUAAUCCAAGAUGCGGUCAGGGUUUUGCUGGAGGUUCUUAAAGAUGAGAGAUAUCCUGUCAUAUAGAGGAUCUUUGACUUAAAAACAGCAGUUGCCGCCAGACCGUUUUCUAAUGGUAAUUAAAUCGCUACCCACUUUUAUUUACUGUAAGUCAAACCGAACAAAUGUAUUUUUAAAUGUCAUCUUUUGAAACAUUAAUGAACAGAAUUAAAGUGCAUUUUAGAGGAAUUUAUUAAGGCAUUUUAUUAAGGAAAUGUGGGGGAACAUAAAACAAUUUAGUUGAGUACACCUGAACUCCAACAUUAGUGAAUACUAACCUCAGGAAUUGUGCUCAGAAUAAAUGGACAAAAACAUCAUACACAGUAUUACCAGCUCCAUAUUGUCUGUGUACCGUUCCAAUGCAUGUCCAGAAAGUUAGUUUCAGAUGUUUUUACUUUCCUAGCAACUAAAAUUUGAAUUAAUAAUAGUUUAAUUUGAGAU